AAGUUUAUGUGCGACUAGGAUAGCGAUAGGCCGAGUGCAGCGCUGAUUGCAGCAAUUUUUCGAUCAAAAGAAGUUUUUUUAAUUACAAAGCAGAGCUUAACUCCGCUCUUAAAAUAAUUAAAUUGAUUGCCUGCCGCCUUGUGUUCGUUCUUCCCAACCAUGGCCUAUACGAAUGGUUGAAUAUAGCGAAAGGAUUUAUCGGCACUGCCAAUUUACAAGAACAACAACUCAAAGAACAAGGCCACUCCUUUUGUGUCCGACUCGACUCCCCGUGAUGUGUGUGCGUGUUCGUGUCCGCGUCCGUGUUUGUGUAUUGUAAUUGAAAAAUUGUGAUUACUGUAUGAAUUAAGGCUGCAAUAUCGUAAUAAUUAAGAAAGUGGCCAGGCAAUAAAAAGUGAAAAUUUGCUGCGUUUUUUGUGUCUGCAGUAAUAGAAACAAAAACAACAAAACUACGGUGAAGGCAACUACAACUACAGUUAGAGAUAAGAAGAGCUCUCACUCACACAAACACACACACACGCUUUCAGUUACACGCGAGCAGAACAGAACGAGUGUGUGCGUGCGUGUGCCUGUUUUUAUGACUCACGGCUGGGCCAGUGAGUGGGGGAGCGAGUAAGAGAGAGCGAUAGUAGCUGCUGAGCUGCUUGACUACCUACGGCAACAAAACACAGUAAUUUCCCAAGCAAGCUGAGAGCGUAACUAAUCGCGUUUGGAAGAAAUUCCAAAUUCUCCGCCGGAGACAAAGGAAGAACGAGAACUGAAAGAGAGUGAAAAACCGACAGAGCACAGAAACCCAAACCGAAAAACAUCACGAACAUGAGUUUCGCCAAGUGGUUCAAGAAGAAGGAGCAGAUCUCCGAGAUCGGUGCGCCCACAAAUUUCCAGCGGCACUUCCAUGUGUCCCGCAACCAGGAAACGGGUGAUCUGGAGGGUCUGCCCGCGCCCUGGGUGCGUCUGAUGAACUCACAGAUCACCCGGGACGAGCAGGACAAGAAUCCCGAUGCCGCCUACCAUGCCGUCAAGUACUACAACUACUCGAUCAAAAAGAAGGAAACCGAGGUGUUCAAGCCCUUCAUCACCGAGGACGUCAUCCACGAGGAGUCCAAGGAGAUCGAGAACUAUGUCAACUACAAGAACAAGCACAAGUCCCAGGAUCCAGAAAAGUCUGAUGACGAUGGCAGCUCCACGGCCACCGAAACGGAAACGAGCAGCGGCUGCGGCUCGUCCACGGGGAACAGCAACAGCAGCAGCAUCAACGACAGCAGCCAGCAGUCGCAUGGUCCCCUGGAUGGCCAUGGACCCCUCGACGAGAUGUUCAAGGAGCUCAAAUCGAAUCUGGAGCAUCGCGAAACGCUGAGGGCAACGCCAGCCAUUUCCAGCCAACAGGAGCCGCCGCCAGUGCCGCCCAAAAAGUCCACGCACACGAUGCCGCCCAAGCCACAGAUCAAGCCAAAGCCUCGAGUCACCCAGAAGUUCUCGCGUUCCUCCGACCUGCGGCGGGAGGAUGACGAUCACCACAAGAUCAACACAGACACCAUCAUCAUCAAGCCGGCGGCGCCGGGCCAGCAUGUCGAUGCCUCCGACGACAAUCCCGACGAGACGAUACUGCGCCGGUCCAAGGAGAAGCGGGCCCAGAAGACCGAUGCCGAGAUCUACAUUGAACUUAGAGCCAUCUGCAAUCCCGAGGAUCCGCGGGAGCGCUACAAGACCACCCAGGAGGUGGGCAAGGGCGCCUCCGGCAUCGUGUUCAUUGCCGGCGAUCUGACAAACGAGGCCCAGGUGGCCAUCAAGACGAUCGACAUGAAGAACCAGUCCUCAAAGGAUCUCAUACUCACCGAAAUCCGGGUGCUCAAGGAUUUCAAUCACAAGAACCUGGUGAACUUCCUCGACGCAUAUUUGCUGGAGCCCGAGGACCAGCUCUGGGUGGUCAUGGAGUACAUGGACGGCGGCCCACUCACCGACGUCGUCACCGAGACUGUGAUGAAGGAGCGCCAGAUCGCCUGCGUCUGUCGCGAGGUGCUCUAUGCCAUCAGCUUCCUUCAUGCGAAGGGCAUCAUCCACCGCGACAUCAAGUCGGACAACGUGCUGCUCGGCAUGGACGGAUGCGUCAAAGUUACAGACUUUGGCUUUUGUGCCAAUAUCGAGGGGGACGAGAAGCGCCAGACGAUGGUGGGCACCCCCUACUGGAUGGCGCCCGAGGUCGUUACGCGGAAGAAGUACGGCAAGAAGGUGGACAUCUGGUCGAUUGGCAUCAUGGCCAUCGAGAUGAUCGAGGGCCAGCCGCCCUACCUAUACGAGACACCGCUGCGAGCACUCUACCUGAUCGCUGCCAACGGACGGCCGGAUGUCAAGAGCUGGGACAAGCUGAGCCCCAAUCUGCAGGACUUCCUCGAUCGCUGUCUCCAGGUGGAGGUCGAUCGACGGGCCACCGCCGAUGAGCUGCUCAGCCAUCCCUUCCUGAACGACUGCAGCGAGGUUAAGGCCCUGGUGCCCAACAUUAAGGCGGCCAAGAAGGUGCUCCGACGCAACGUAUAGUUAAUGUGCAAUCAUCGGGCGGCCAGGCUGCUCUAUGCGUGAUCGAGACCCCCUACAAAAGCCCGAUCCCGAUACCAAGCGCCACCGGACCAGCCCCUCCCUGUGUAUAAUGAGUUUUCAAUGUAAAUUUGAUUUUGUGUGGAAAGAACUGAAACUGGAACAGAAUGCUGAUCAUAGUCUUUGUAGUGUGGUAAACAGCCCCGUAAAAUAGGAAAACAGGAACUGCAGCAGCACCUAGGACUUGACGAACUCCCCCGAUGAAAACAGCAGCAGCAGCACGUGUGACAGUCAAGAACAAACCAAAUCGCCGUGCCCGCGCACUGGAGGUCUUCCUCGUCGCUGCCUCACUCUCUCAUGCAGAAAAGCGAAAGGAGGGGGAGGAGUUAUCGCUUAGAUUAGAUUAUCCUAUGGCAAAAAAAUUUGCUUAUUUCGUACAUUGUAAAAAUGUAUGUGACCACACACACACACACUCACACACAAAGGAGCGCACACACACACAUAUGAUAUAGAUAUUGUAUUAUUAAAUGUUUUGGAUAUAAGUUGGAUUAAUCUUGAUACACCCGUAUAUAUACAUAAUUGUGAUUUAAGCGAUUUUAUCAAAUCUGCAUUAUGCAAUUCUACAUAAAAUUCGUCGUAGUCUGUAAGUUAAAACCAAUCCCCGCCCCCCACACACACAGUAAAACCCCCUUGCAAUACUUGUUGUAAAUUACCAAAAUAACAAAAAAUACGAAAAAAAAAAAAAAGAAGAGAAAAG